UCCGUUAUUUCCGAUAGCUUAUGCGCUUCCGUUCCCUACGCUUCGCCACCAUUUCGAUAUCGCCUGCCCGUCCCAAAACCCUACUCCACCUCCGCCGCUUCCUCUCCUCCUCCAUCGCUGCCCGGAUUCCUCCUCCGAUGGCCGCCUCCGAGGAGUCCCUACGGCAGGCCUUGGCUGAGAAGCAGUCCGCCGUCGACGCUCAGGCCCACGCCGUCCGGGCCCUCAAGGCCCGCCCUGGCGGCGCCGCCCAGGCCGAGAUCGACGCCGCCGUCGAGGCUCUCAAGGCCCUCAAGGUCGAUGCUGGCGCCGCCGCCAGGCGCCUCCAGGCCGCCCUCUCCAACAACGGCGACGGGGCGGCCGCCAGCAGCAGGGAAGCCUUCCGCCAGGCCGUCGUCAACACCCUCGAGAGGAGGCUGUUCUACAUCCCGUCCUUCAAGAUCUACCGCGGCGUCGCUGGGCUCUACGAUUAUGGCCCGCCCGGGUGCGCUGUCAAGUCCAACGUGCUUGCCUUCUGGCGCCAGCAUUUUGUUCUAGAGGAGAACAUGUUGGAGGUCGAUUGUCCCUGUGUCACCCCUGAGGUUGUCCUCAAGGCAUCUGGGCACGUGGAGAAGUUCACUGAUCUGAUGGUUAAAGAUGAGAAGACGGGGACGUGCUACCGAGCUGAUCACUUGCUCAAGGAUUUCUGCAAGGAGAAGCUCGAGAAGGACCUCACUUUAUCACCUGAGAAAGCCGCAGAGCUCAAGCAUGUUAUCAUGGUGUUGGAUGACCUAUCUGCUGAGGAAUUGGGAGCAAAACUGAAGGAGUACGGGAUCACAGCCCCUGAUACCAAGAACCCUCUCUCUGAUCUGUACCCGUUCAAUCUUAUGUUUCAGACCUCCAUUGGCCCAUCAGGCCUGAGCCCUGGGUAUAUGAGGCCAGAGACAGCACAGGGCAUCUUCGUGAAUUUUAAAGACCUGUACUACUAUAACGGGAAUAAACUUCCAUUUGCAGCAGCUCAGAUUGGUCAGGCAUUUAGAAAUGAGAUUUCACCUCGCCAAGGUCUUCUAAGAGUCCGUGAAUUCACUCUAGCGGAGAUUGAACAUUUUGUGGAUCCUGAUGACAAGUCUCACCCUAAAUUUGUUGAUGUUGCCAACUUGGAGUUUUUGAUGUUCCCUAGGGAGGAGCAAUUGGCAGGAAAAUCUGCCAAACCAAUGAUUCUUGGUGAGGCAGUCUUGAAGGGAGUUGUCAACAAUGAAACACUGGGCUAUUUCAUAGGGAGAGUCUUCCUCUUUUUGACACGGCUUGGAAUUGAUAAAGAUCGAUUGCGCUUCAGGCAGCACUUGCCAAAUGAGAUGGCUCACUAUGCUGCCGACUGUUGGGAUGCAGAGAUAGAGUGCUCCUAUGGCUGGAUUGAAUGUGUAGGGAUUGCUGAUAGAUCUGCUUAUGAUUUACGGGCUCAUUCAGAGAAAAGUGGUGUUCCUCUUGUUGCUCAUGAGAAGUUCCCAGAACCUAGGGAGGUAGAGAAACUAGUUAUUGUCCCAUCAAAGAAAGAACUUGGUCUUGCAUUUAAGGGCAGCCAAAAGAUGGUGGUUGAAGCACUGGAGGCUAUGAGUGAAAAGGAAGCACUGGAAAUGAAGGCCACUUUGGAAUCUAAAGGUGAAAUGGAUUUCCAUGUCUGCACUCUUGGAAAAACUGUUUCCAUUAUGAAAAAAAUGGUGUCAAUUAGUAUGGACAAGAAGAAGGAGCACCAAAGGGUCUUUACACCAUCUGUUAUUGAGCCAUCUUUUGGCAUUGGACGAAUAAUAUACUGUCUGUUUGAGCAUUCUUUUUACACAAGACAAAGCAAAGCAGAGGAUGAACAGCUGAAUGUCUUCAGUUUUCCUCCACUUGUGGCUCCCAUCAAGUGCACCGUCUUCCCAUUGAUCAAGACCCAAAAGUUUGAUGAUGUGGCCAAAAUAAUUGCAAAAUCACUUACAGCAGCUGGGAUUUCUCAUAUUAUUGACAUCACAGGUACCUCCAUAGGAAAAAGGUAUGCAAGGACAGAUGAGAUUGGUGUCCCCUUUGCCAUUACUGUCGACUCGACGACAAGUGUGACGAUACGAGAGAGGGAUAGUAAGCAGCAGAUCCGUGUAAGCAUUGAUGAGGUAGCUUCGGUCGUGAAGGAGGUAACAGAUGGACAGAGCACCUGGGGCGAUGUGAUGUGGAGAUAUCCAACACAUUCGGCUGCACAUACUGAAGAGGAAUGAACCAGUAAUUACACUUUCAGUUCAUUGUGUUUUUACCAGAGUGAUUAUUGCUAAACUUGGAAUUUCUUAUUGCAUCAAGUAUUGAGAUGGCUUGACCGCUGACAUUUACAAACAUUUACUUUGGACAUAUGGAUUACAUAACUUGCUGCCAUCAUUAUUAUAAAUUGUGGUUGGCUUUCUCGAA